AUGGUGAAGAACCUUAAGAAUAAACAUAGAUUAGAUCUGUUGGACUUGAUUGAGACUAAAAGGGAGAUAGUGACGAGAUAUGAUGUGGCAAGAAUAUGGGGGCAAGAUGGUGCGGGAUGGGAAUAUGUAGGCUCUGAAGGUGCAGCAGGUGGACUUUUAUUAAUAUGGGAUGAAUCAGUGUUUAAAUUGAAUAACUGCUAUAAGGGGAAGAGAUGGUUGUGUGUUGAAGGGGUCCUGGUAAAGUGUAGUUUCAACUGUGCAUUUUUCUUGGUCUAUGGUGCACAUGACAGGGAUGCGAAGUUGCAGGUGUGGGAAGAGCUGAGCUAUAUAGCUGGGUUAUGUCAGGUGCCUGGUUGUUAUAUGAGAGAUUUUAAUGAAAUAGUACAUAUGAAAGAACGACAAGGUACUGGUGUUUUACCUCGGUCUGCGAAAGAAUUCAAGGCUUGGAUACAAGAUAUGGACUUAAUGGAUUUGCCGCUCACUAAUCGUAUGUUCGCAUGGUUUAGGGGACGUUCUUGUAGUCGUAUUGAUAGAGCUCUGGUUAACCUAGAGUGGUUAGAGGAGUUUCUGGAGACUCGUGUACAAGGUGGACCAAGGAGAUUGUCAGAUCAUUGUCCUAUUAUAGUAGAAGACAAAAAACUGAGGGGAGGUCCAAGGCCUUUCAGAAGCUUAGAUUCCUGGUUUACACAUGAAGGCUUCCUCAGAAUGGUGAAGGAGGAGUGGAGAGUUUUGGGAGAGAUUUAG